AUGGGCUGCGGGGCCAGCAGGAAGGUGGUUCCAGCCCUACCUGAGCUGGCUUGGAUCAAAGGCAACGGUCAAAACCAAGGCAACCUCAUUGGAUCCGGGUCAGAGACUGCAGCUGAGGCAGCCCAGAGGAUGCAGAUUGCCCGCUUUAGAGCCAAGUUUGAUCCCCGGGUACUGUCCAGAUACAACAUCAAGUCUCUUAUUGGGACAGGCAGUUUCAGCAAGGUCGUCAGGGUGGAACAGAAGACCACCAAGAAACCUUUUGCAAUCAAGGUGAUGGAAACCAGGGCGAGAGAAGGCAAAGAAGCCUGCGACUCUGAGCUCACUGUCCUGAGGCGAGUUUGUCAUCGUUAUAUUGUGCAGCUCAUGGAGAUCUUUGAAGCCCAGGACCGAGUUUACAUGGUGAUGGAGUUGGCCACUGGAGGGGAACUCUUCGACCGACUUUUGACUCAAGGAUCUUUUACAGAGCAAGAUGCUGUCAGAAUUCUCCAGAUGGUGGCUGAUGGUGUUCAAUAUUUGCAUGGAUUGCGAAUAACUCACAGGGACUUAAAGCCUGAAAAUCUCUUGUAUUAUCAUCCAGGUGCCGAGUCCAAAAUUUUGAUCACCGAUUUUGGUUUGGCACAUUCUGGGAACAAAAGUGGCGACUGGACCAUGAGAACGCUUUGUGGCACCCCACAUUACAUAGCCCCUGAGGUAUUGCUUCGGCAGCCUUAUACCAGUGCUGUUGACAUGUGGGCCCUUGGUGUGAUCACAUAUGUUUUACUCAGUGGAUUUCUGCCUUUUGAUGAUGAGAACCAUACGAGGCUUUACAGGAAGAUUCUGAAAGGCAAACUGAAUUAUACCCGAGAGCCUUGGCCAAACAUUUCUCACUUGGCAAAGGACUUUAUAGACAAACUGCUGAUUUUGGAGGCCAGUCAUCGCAUGUCAGCUGGACAGGCUCUGGCCCAUCCCUGGGUGAUCACCAUGGCUGCAGGUUGUUCCAGGAAGAAUCAUCAGAGGCUCAUUUCUCAGAACCUCCUGCGGAAGGAGUCGCCAUAUUCUCAGAGUCCCAGAUCAACACAAUCUUCUAAGUCCUAUUAUCACAAAUCAAGGCAUCUUUGGAAGAAGAGAAACUUAAGAGUAGAAGAUGCACCACUGUCUCCACAUUAG